AUGCCUACCCGAAACAUCAUCGUGACCGGUGCCACGGGAAAACAGGGGCGGGCAUUUGUCCAUGCGCUGUUCAACCCGUCAACUGCAGAGAACACAGAAUACCAUGUUUGGGCCGUAACGCGAAACCCGACUUCGUCCGCCGCGUCCUCGCUGCUGCAGGCUGAACAGAGCCAUGCAAAGGACAUCACCUUCGUCCAGGGCGACCUCAACAAUGCCGCGAUGAUAAGGGAGAUUUUUACCCAAGUGUCUGCCGAAGGCGGCAUAUUCGGUGCUUUCAUCGUAUUGGCAUAUCCCGGUCUUGGGAACAAGGGCGAUGAAGAGGAGAGACAAGGAAAGCUACUUGCGGAUCUGGCGCUCGAGUUUGAUGUCGAUGCACUGGUGUAUUCGAGCUCGAUCCCUCCUGGACAAAACUUGGAUGAUGCGUACGAUGCGUCGCAUCGAGCGAAGCUGGGAAUUGAGCUCUAUUGUAAGGAGCUUGGUGAGAGAGGUUUGAAUUGGACCAUCGUACGGCCUGGGUUCUUUAUGGAGAACUUUGAUGGCUUCAUGGGGUCUCUCGCUGUGGGUGUACUCUCCCAAGGAUUGGGCAACGAAACCGAUAUAGCUCUCGUGGCAUCAGAAGAUAUUGGCAAGGUUGCCGCUGGGGUUCUCAAGAAUCACGGCAGAUUCACUCACAAGAUACUAUCCAUUACAGGCGGAUGUCUUACAAUGUCCGAGAUCCGAGCGGCCUAUCAAGACGUGAUGGGAAAACAGAUGCCUUCUGUGCCCUCUAUCCUUGCGUGGCUAGUCCUGAAACUGAGUGCCGGCGCACGCAAUGUGGUCAAAGAAAUCGAGAGAAGCUACAGUGUGAGGGCUAGCGGAGGAUAUCCGACAUUUGAGGAAGAAGUUGAAGCGGCCAAAGCGCUCU